AUGAAUGUUCUGAAACUAACGAGUGGUCGUGAAAUCUCGUAUCUGAAUGAAGUCGAAAUUCGGAUGGGAAUCGACGAAAGAAACGGAGAAGAGCGAUACAAAACCGAGUUGGAAAAUAUGGGAGUUUCGGAUAUCACUGUGCACAAAUAUGAGGGAGGAUUCAAGAUUUGGGAAUGCACUAUUGAUUUAUGCGAUUUCAUCGAAGAAAACAAAACAAAAUUCGAGGGAAAAUCAGUUUUGGAGCUCGGAUGUGGAGCAGCUCUUCCUUCAAUUCUAACUGCGAUGAAUGGUGCAAAAGAGGUCUAUGCUCAGGAUUUCAACGCAUCAGUUAUCGAGUUCUUCACUGUACCAAACUUCGAAGAGAAUCCUCAUUCAGCUAUAGUUCAAGGAGAAGCAAUGGGAUGGGAAGACGUUCCAACCAAAUUAAAUGGUAGAAAGUUUGAUUUCAUUCUUUCUUCUGAAACAAUUUACAACGAAGACGAUUAUCAAAACCUUCAUGAUGCCGUCGCGGCAACUAUCAAAGAUGACGGAGUAGCAUGGUUUGCUGCAAAAUUCUUCUAUUUCGGAGUCGGGGGAAGUGUUCCGUCAUUCUGCCAAUUUAUCAAUGAACGCGGAGUUUUAAUAGCUUCCGAAACUAAAGUGAUCACUGCUUCAGUUCCAAGACGAAUUAUUGAAAUUAGGAAGGCCCUGUAA